AUGAAAGAGACACGAAGUAGUGCGGGCAUCACCCUCACCGGUCACAGGCACCUCAGACCCGGGUGGUGUGCCGACUCCGCACAUAGCUCCAUGAGUACCCCUGUCCCUUAUCGUGAUUCACAAGCAAGCAUUGUAGAAGCCAUGGCUGUAGAGGAUGAUGCUAAACGACUGGGAGCAGAGGUCGGCGAGUUUGAUGUACGCGCCGGUAUUACCUUUACAUGCAAGACUUCGCGUGAUGUGGGGGUAAAUUCGACUACAAUGGGCAUUGGGCGAGUCCACUGUGAUUCUCAGACUAGUGGGCUAGUCACAAACAGGGGUGACGCAGUAUACGGGCGGCUGGUGUGCGACAAAGCGGCACGGGCAGCUUCAUUCAUGCAUUGCUCUGGCGGGCUAAUUACCGACCAUGGUAUACGAGAUCAAAGCAAGUCCUCGGGUUCGCGGCUGCCUCCCGACCUUGUUUCCUUUGAGGGUCCCGGGUUGUCGAGUGGCUUGUAUGCAUACCGUGAAAACAUGACGAGUCAGAAUGGGAGAUCAUUUAUCAGGGAUGUGACACCACAGCCUCAGGAGCGAAAUACAAGACGGCUUGCGUCACGACGAGCGAAUCAAACCCAAUCCUUCAGGAUCACUUCAAGAACGCGACGUACUAAUGAGUCAGACCAAGGCAAGAACAGGCAGUACUGCACCCACAAGUGUCUGCAAGGCCUUCUCAGGCGUGGGCCUCUGGAUCACAAAUGUCCCAAUGUCAAGGCACAUGGAAGGCACAGUCAUCGGAUCGACCGAUCAGCUUUUCUUCGUCUUAUGCACAAGCAGCUUUCGAUGGAUCUGGACCAUGACGUGGAUUGCCUGCGUAUCCACGGGUCUCGCGGUGUCUUGUUCCGUGUCUGCCUCACUUCACAUGGGGAGUUUGUGCCGGUGCACCUCGGGAACAUUGAUCUCACGCACGCACCCGUACUACUAUACUACGGCAUCGCAGAGCUGACGCACAUGAUGUUCAGGAGCUUCGGUGGCGUAAAGGUCUCGAGGGAGAUCCUCUCAAAUCACUCAGCCGAGAUCCAUAAACAAGUCGAGCGGGCGGUCUCCUCCAUCCAUGAUCUUGAAGUACUUCAUCGUGACCUCAUACCGCGAAAUAUUCUAUGGAACGCGGCUGGACGACAGGCUGUUAUCAUAGACUUCGAGCGGGCACGUUUUCCCGCUCCUAGGCUGCCACUUGGAGAAUUGUCUCCGAAUCGAAAGAGGAAGAGAUUACUUAUCAAGAAAAUGACAUGCGCCAAUAGCAGCAGCCCGGAGUUCGAUCAAGAGAAGCGUAACGCUGUGAGGGCUCUAGGCGUAGCAUGA